UAGCUCAGCUAAAUACCUCUCAUUGUAAUUUUAAUGUAGUAACAAUGUGAGUUUAAAGUGAGUUUUAUUUGACAGCUUUAGUAUAAGGCUGUCUUUGGCCUCCGUAGUGUGUUUUGGCUGAGGUGCGCUGCAGUGAGAUGAUGUUUUGUCGCGGAGGAGGACGUUUGUUUGUCGCUGUGGCCGCAGUGCUUCUGUUCGAUGUUAUUCUGUUCGCACAGGCGAAGAGUUUUGAAGAUGUUCGCUGCAAAUGUAUCUGCCCACCAUACAGAAACAUCACUGGCCACAUCUAUAACAGAAAUGUCUCCCAGAAGGAUUGUAACUGCCUCCAUGUGGUUGAGCCUAUGCCGGUGCCAGGAAAUGAUGUGGAAGCUUACUGCCUGUUGUGUGAGUGCAAGUAUGAAGAACGAAGCAGCAACACCAUCAAGGUAACGAUCAUCAUUUACCUGUCUGUUGUGGGUGCCCUGCUGCUCUACAUGUUGUUCCUGCUCCUGGUCGAUCCUCUUAUCCGUAAACAUGAUCCGUACACCCAGCCACUGCACAACGAAGAAAAUUCUGAGGAGAUGCGUCCACCAGUGCACAGUAGCCAGGCCAGAGGAAACACUGUGCUGGAGCGAGUUGAAGGGGCGCAACAACGUUGGAAGAAGCAGGUUCAGGAACAACGCAAGACUGUGUUUGACCGCCAUAAGAUGCUUAGUUAAAGCCUACGGCUGGUCUGAAACAAAGGUUCCAGUAGAUAAGUUCACUGGGCUUCGCGCUAUUACAGUGUCACCAGCUGCAUGGCCACAAAACCCUUCCGUCAUUGCACACUGAAUAUGUAUUUCCUGAUGUAGAAACAUUUCAAGAUGCCGUCUUUUAAUUUACUGUAGCUAAAGGUUUGUGUAAUAAUAAGUGCAUCCUCAUAACACAUGGAAACUUGCUUACUGAUCAUUUCAUAAGGUAGCAAUGUGAUAGGUAUGGAAUGCAGCAUCUAAAGGAUUUCUUUUUGUUUGUAUAUUUAAUGUAAACUAUUUAAUUUUAAUUGAGAUUUAAUUAUUAGCUGUCUGCUAAUUUAGUAAAUUCUUAAGCUUUUUGUGUAAUUUAAGCUGUAACAUAGGCUCAGAACGAGUAAAGCUUUCUACUUGUGAAUGAUCAGCAAGCUAAAAGGAUUAUAAGACUACUUGUGCUAUUGCACAUUUGCGGAUUUCAUACUGUACAUGAAAUUGUUUAUAUAAUUAGUUUGCCUUGCAUUUGUGUGCAUAAUCAUCAAAUUUAGCAUGAUGUGAGAAAUGAAGGGAUCACAAAGUUUGGAUUGUUCUUUAAAAUGUCCUUUUUAUUGUUUUGUUUAACUGCAGUAAUGGAUUUUUGCUUUACUCUCCUUGUGUGAGGAAAUGUGCUGCUGUGAUUAAAUAUUGUCAAGUCAGA